CAUGAAACACAUUUUUAAUUAAGAAUAAAGAAACUCUCAGAUAUAAAAGAAUGAAAAUUUUAUCGUGACAAAAGUUGAAAAAAAAAAAAUAGAUUUUAGUUGAAAUUGAAAGGUGAAACUCUCAAAUGUAUAUAAAAUGUUGUAUCUUUGUUUUAGUUUUGUUUAAAAAUUACCUCAAUAUAAUAGCCAGUGAGUGUGGCUGCGGUGAAACAAGUCGAUCAAAGUCCAUUGAAGAUGCGCCCACAUUUGAUUCCACUCAAAAUGGCAUUUCGAAUGGGUAUUGCACGGCACCAAUAACAACGGAUUUUGUUCACGAUGAAAUGGUGCAAAUUUCUGGCGGUGAUUAUUUGGUCGGAACGAAUGAGCCGAUAUUUGAAAGUGAUCAAGAGUCUCCCGAACGUAGCAUUCACGUAAAUGGAUAUUUUAUCGACAAAUAUGAAGUUUCAAAUGCAGAAUUUUCACAAUUUAUCCAAGCCACCAAUUAUUUAACGUAUUCAGAAAAGUUCGGUGAUAGCUUUGUAUUUCAAGCCCAGUUAACACCGACACAACAAAACUUAUACAAAGAUAGUCGUGUGGCUAGUGUACCGUGGUGGUACAAAGUGAAUGGAACAUCAUGGAAACAUCCCGAAGGUGUGGAUUCAUCGAUUGGUGAUCGAUUGGAUCACCCGGUGGUUCAUGUAAGUUGGUUUGAUGCAAGUGCGUUUUGCAAAUGGAAAGGCAAACGUCUGCCAACCGAAUUUGAAUGGGAAGUAGCGUGUCGCGGUGGAAAAAACCAAAAACUAUAUCCAUGGGGAAAUAAAUUGCAACCGGGCGAUAAACAUUGGUUAAACAUUUGGCAAGGAGCAUUUCCGAAUGAUAACACUGGUGAAGAUGGUUUUACAUCGACAUGUCCAAUUAAUCGCUUCAAGCAGAACGACUAUGAUUUGUAUAAUAUGGUUGGAAACGUUUGGGAAUGGACAGAUACCAAAUGGAACGAGAGUGGAGAUGAAGAGGAUUUGGAAACGGUGGAGAGAGUGAAGAAAGGCGGAUCAUAUCUUUGUCAUAAAUCAUAUUGUUAUCGUUAUCGUUGCGCGGCACGAUCAUCAAAUACUGCUGAUAGUUCGGCCGGAAAUUUGGGCUUUCGAUGUGCCAAAUCAAUCAACCAACUUGAUUAAAGCGUUUGAUCGUUUUUUUUUUUUUUUUGUUAUCAAAUAGAUUCAUUUUUAUUGAGUAUCACUGAAAACGUGAACAUAUUUUUGUAUAUGUCUUGUUGAAUUUGGAAUGAAAAAUAAUAGGGUCAACCAAAAUUCGUACAAACAUUCCCGAAAAUCGUAGUAAAUUUACUGAAUGUACAUUAGGGUGUUUCCACAUGAAAAAUAUUAAAAAGUGGCUAUUAUCAUUUUGAAGAGCGUUAAAUUCUGUAUAA